AUGGUAUGCAACAAAUGGAUUAAGGAAAUUAGCAAGUACAACAAGCAUAAGGUUACCAAUCACAAAGCUUUUGUUACGAGAUGUGCCAUACUGGUAGUCAAUGGUAUCAGCAUCUCUCUCCUUAUCACAAACAUUGUGAACAGUGUAGGAAUAAUAGCAGAUGUACUGAACACAAUUUUGCUGUCCCGACUCCUUCUCAAUCUGCGACAAGUACGUCUGAACCCAGAUGCAGACAUCUCUAGCUUGCCAAUUGUUUCGUCAUUUGGCUUCGCAUCCCAAGUGAUUGGUCCCCUUGGUCAACCUGUUGAUUAUCACUCGCCCGAAGUGGAUCUUACAGCUUCUCAAGAAGAUGCCGAAGAUGUGCAGCACUCACAAUCGACACAAGACAUGGGAGUAGAUGAGGAUGACCUGGAGCACUCGUUAUUUGUUUAA